AUGACCCAGUGCAGCGUCGCCCAUCGAGGCGACGGUGUCUUUGAGCUCCUGCACAACAACGGCGUCGUCUACCGCGCCGCGCUGCGGCGUCAGCCGACGCGGACCGCUGUCGUACCCAUCUGCAAUGCCAACGAGAAGCGUGCCGUCGCGGGCCAGCUCCUUGGGUCCGUCGACGGCGCCUCGUACUGCGUCGUACACGAAGACACGCCGAUGACGAUCAUCUACUCGGCGACAUACGGCCGGACGCCACGGCGCAUGCACGUCGUGCUGGGCAACGCCGAGCUCGUCAACAAGCCGCCACGUUGGGUCGAGUCGCUGCAAGCGUUUGGACUGAACUUUGACGGCCGCGUGCGCGUCGCGUCAGUCAAGAACUUUGUUUUGCUCAGCGGCGGCGCCGACGCCGUCAUGGUCUUUGGUCGAACACCAGACCGCAACGUGUACGUCUUGGACUAUGCGCCGCCGCUCACGCCACUGCUUGCGUUCGCCAUUGCCCUCAGCAGCCUCGAUGCCAAGUGCGCUACCGUGAGCUAA